UAAAACCGGGCAUUGGCGACUCGGCGGCGACCAGUGCUCUGCCGGCAGUGCCGGGUUGGCAGCGGUUCGGGGUGUGUGAGGGUGGUCCGCGCUGCGAUGGCCGGAGGCCGGACUGGUGUCUGCCCGAUGUCUCCUCGGAGAGGUGUUACUCUGCUCUUGGCGCUGGUCGUCUGUGAUGCGUCUCCUGCAGGCCCGUGGGCGUUCAGCAGGCGGUUCGGAGGUGUGCCGUUCCAGGCUGCCAGGUUUUCUCCCUUUGCUGAUGUCGCCUCUCCGGGACGCUUCAGCAGGGCCAAUGCCGGGUUCAACGCGCCACGAAUCACCUUUGGUGACAUCCCGCAGCAAAGGGCCCUCGAUCUGACGAUCGAUGCUGUCGACGGGUCUGGUGCGAGACUCACAGAAGUGACAGAAUUAGCGGCUGACAUUCCUUCGGUGAGCUUCCAGAACUUGCCUUUCGAGGAGCCAACACCAGUCUCAGAACCAGUGCAAACUCCGGCGGGCGCUGGAUUUACUCCGGCGAUCGAAGAGACGAAAGCCUCGUCAGUAUUUCCAGAAUCAGCACCACCAUCGCCCAGUGCAGUCCCCGAGCCGGAGCUAGAAAGUUCCCAGAUCUUUUUCCCGGAUCAGCCGACAUCCCUGGAGCCCAAAGCCGGAGACGUGUUCGUUCCCGAGUGCGACGGAGUGCCUUUUAUGGCACUUAAUCAGGACACGGGCCGCUGCCAGUUCCUGAUGAUGCGCACAGAGUGCCCGGAGGGCCAGUGGUUCAUCCUGGACCGCGACACCUUGGAGGCCUCCUGUCAGCCGCUGCCCUGUCCCGAACAGGAGGUACUCUUCGACGGAAAGUGCGUGCCACGAGACGACGCUACACUCUGUCCGGAAGGCAUGGUGGUGUUGAUCAACGAGUAUGGUGAUGCCUCGUGCGAUUGUGCGGUGAAGAACCUCUACUGGCCUGCUCACGACCGCUGCUACCCUGCCUUCCGAAAGGGUCCAUGCAACGCUGGUGACUACCUCACCGUUGGAGAGGAGGGAGUUCGUUGUACAGAGAACGUCUGCUUCCGUGACGGAGCGGUUCUGUGGCCGGCGACCCGGCGCUGCCACCGACUUCAGGACGCGACGGACAGCCCGUGUGCCUUGGGCAGGCUGGACGUCAAUCCCGACACAAUAGAGCUCGAGUGUGUGGAGACGGAGCCGUUCGCCAUCUUUGACCUGCCAGUGGUGCGCUGUUCGAAGGGAUCCAAGCUCGACUAUGGAGGACGGUGCAAGCGAGAGCUGUAUCAGAAGUUCAGGUCGUCGUUUUCUUCCGAUGUAUCCAGGAGUAAGAAGUGUGGCGAAGGAUUUGUCCUUGGUGCGAGUGGUCGGUGCUUGAAGGCAGCCAAAGAAGGCACACUAGGGUGAGCUGGUUAAAUGUCUUUUACGUAAGACUGUUAAGUGUUGAUUACUUUGAAGGACUGUCGGAAAAAAUCCGAUUUGACUGUGUGAAUACCGAGGGCGCGCGUUUUGUAUUUCUGCUCCAGAUCAUCAGAAUCGUAAUGGUUGUGCAGCGUUGAGCCUUUUUGCGCUUUUUGUAUUUGAUUCUGGUGAUGUGUGACCAAUACCCAGUUUGUAACCGUAGUGCUGGGACGUUGUCGUCGUAGUAUGUUUGUGCUUUGUGUGGGACUGUUGCCGGAAAAUUGUAUUGUUGUGACCUAUGUAAUGUCUUUCCUUGUUCAUUCUUCGCCGCUGUUCCCUUGGACAGACCGCAUGUGUUAUUUAGUUUUAUUAUGCCGUGAAUGCACGUCAUGUUAUCCCCACCAUCGAUCGCCAUAAUUGUGGUUGAUUCGCUGAAUAACACCAGUCACCAGUGUCACUGAAAUCGUCCGAUAAAACUACGGAAUGCUCCCUUCAAUGCCGUAUAUAUUAUAUAUAUUUCA